GAGAGAGAGAGAGAGAGAGAGAGAGUAGAGAGGGUUUAGCAGUAUUCUCUUAUCUUACGCAUCAGGGUAAGAGGAUACCAAACUAUGGAGCUUAUCACAAAUAGACUCAGAUUUGUUUUAUAGAGGAAUUUCACUCGCAAGAGGUUUCAGCUUUGGACUUAUCUUUCCCCCAACGUUUUUUUUUUUUUACUUUGCAUCACCCACCGUCGAAAAUGCCUGCUUUGGGGGUUUGGAUUAACGCAAUUUGGAUUUUACUUUUUGCCAGUUUUGACGCAGCUUUUUCAAGCUAUUCCGAAGACCAGUGCAGCUGGAGAGGAAGUGGUUUGUCCCAGCAGCAGGGCAGCGUGGAGCAGAUUUCCCUCCACUGCUCUGAGGGCACACUGGACUGGCUCUAUCCCAAAGGGGCCCUGCGCCUCACCCUGUCACCCCGCCUGCCCUCCGUGGCAGUGGGACCCGGUGGCAGCAGCUCGGGCCUCAUCACGGCCUGCGUCAAGCCCUCUGAGCAGUUCCACGGAGCCCAGCUGUACCUGGAGAGAGAUGGGGUCCUGGAGCUGCUGGUAGGGGACCGCCUGGAGUCCUCUCCCCCACCGAGGGUUCGCUGCUUCAGUCGCCUGCCUGGGGAGAGGGUGGCUCUCUUCCUGCAAGCUACACCUCAUCAGGACAUCAGCAGGAGGAUCGCCUCCUUUCGCUAUGAGCUGAGAGGAGACUGGACCGCUCGCCUGUCACUGGACUCCAACCCCAUCAGCAGUGAAGAGGCCUGCAGACCCUGCAACAACACUGAGAUUCUCAUGGCCGUUUGCACCAGUGACUUUGUGGUGCGAGGCAACAUCCGAUCAGUGGUGGAAGACGAUAACCUGCGAGCAGCGGUGAUCAAGGUCAGCGCCACCCGGGUGUUCCGUCAGAAGUACGCCCUGUUCACCGGCAACAGUCGUUUGACCAGCCGGGGUGAGGUCAGGACUCUGCUGCAGUGUGGCGUCAAACCGGGACCCGGCAGUUUUCUCUUCACCGGUCGGGUCCACUUUGGGGAGGCCUGGUUGGGCUGCGCUCCCCGCUACAAGGACUUCCAGCGGGCUUACACUAUAGCCAAAGCAGCCCAGCAGAUACCGUGUGAGCUGCCUGUCGACUGAGUUAAAACCUCUGCAGCAGCUUGUCGAGUCGAGGCCACAAUGAAAGCCAGGCCAACCUCAGCCCUGUUCCAUGUUUUUGGAAGAAGCCAUGGUGUGCAAGUGUUGGCCGAUGCAGCCAUGGCGCCACCAACGUCUUCCCAAAGGUCUCAGGAGUGAAAUGGACUUUCCCCAACACCAUUUCAGUGCAAUAUGCAGUCACCGGGUCAGAAAGAAGCCGGUGGAGUUGUGACAUGAGGGACGUGGUUGAAAGCAUUUGGCAUUGGAAUAGUUUUUACACACAGCGAUGCCAUUAUGCAGGUUCAGAGAAGAUCUAUUGAAAAGCUUUCCAUUCGGGAUAAAUUAAGUCAAGCCGUUAAAUCAGGCCUAUUGAGAGUCAUUGCUUUUAAACUCAGGAAAAUAUAUUAAAAGUUCUAUAGAAAGCUUACUGCCAAUUAGUUGGUAUCCCAGUGAGAAUACACUUUAGAUACCCUUUUGUUCAGGAAAUGUCUGGCCAUGGGAAAGUGACGUUAUGCUGGCUACCCCCUGUGCUGGGGUCGUCCUCAGUGUUACUAUUAUUAAGGAGAUUAUAUAAAAAUGUCCUCACAAAACAAAAAGAUAUAUUUGCACUGAUAAAGGAAAGGGAAUGAUCUGGAAAGUGAUGCUGCAAGCACUGAAAACCAAAUAAAAAGCAACUAUAUGUAGCAUAGAAGUGGAGCAAUGGAGAAUUUAAUAUAUGUACAGAGAAUGUGAGCACAUGUGACACACAGCUGAGGCUACCUGAGCAUGUUUCACUUAAACUAGUGCUGAGAGCACUUUCAUAUUCUCGCCGACUCUGAGAUUUUACUUAUAUACAUAUAUACUUAGAUACAGGCUUUUAAGAGAGGCCUGUGUUUCACUACAUUUCAGGAGCAAUUGAACUAAUUGGACUACAUUAGAUAUGUUGUUGAGUGGAAUUGCAGCAGUGAUGCCAAAGCAGUUAUACGUUUUGCUGUUGUCAAAGUCAUUCACUGCGCUCUGCUGAUGUUGCCGCAUAUUAUCCACAUGUAUAUAUUCAGCAAUGUUCAUAAAACUGAUGACAACAGCCAUUCAUAACCGAAGUCCAGUGGUUAUUAUGUGAUGUAAAUGUGACGGUGUGGAGGAAAUAGAAUCGUCUAACCAGCUUUUUGGUGGGAAAAACAAUUUAUUACACUGGACGAGGCUCAAGAGAAACGCAAAGAAAUAUGCAUUUAAUGUAAAACAAAUUCUAUUAAAUGUUUCAUAUCUAUCGUGCACUAUAUCAACAAGGGGGGGUCAUACCAAAUCACCGCGGUGUAAUGAAGCGGUAUGUCUUAAAAUGCGUACACUGCCAUUUCUGCUGUUUUAUUUUUGAUGUGAAUAUAUGUUAAUAGCAAUGUGAAAUGUAAAUAUGUUAAUAAGAAAUUCUAGAAAACGACGGCAUGAAAACAAGUCUGUGGAAAAAAACAACAUUGUGUCAUUAUUGUGGAUUAUUUGUGUGUUUGUCUGUGUUAUUAAAAUAUACUUUGAGAACA